CGAGGUAUUUCCAUCAUCGCGAGAGUGACGUCGAGCGGAAUAAGCAGAACACGAGAUCGAGCUAACAGGCACACUGCGCAAGCGCAGAACACAAGUGACCUUGUGGGUAGGGAAUCUGUCGGUUGUGCUGCGAUCUCUCAGUACGUCUCAGAAUGGCCGUAACGCUUGAGAUGGCAGUCGGUCUUAAUAAAGGCCACAAAGUGACGAAGAAUCCUCAGAGACCGAGACCGUCGAGAAGGAAAGGGCGUCAAGGCAAGAGAGUAAAGUUUGUGAGGGAUGUGGUACAAGAGGUGUGCGGGUUUGCACCCUACGAGCGACGCGCUAUGGAGCUGAUCAAAAUAGGAAAGGACAAGAAAACGUUGAAAUUCAUCAAAAAGAGGAUUGGGACACACAGUCGAGCGAAAAAGAAGAGGGACAACUUGAUUAUGGCUGUACAACAACAGAGAAAGGCACAAGCACAGCAGAAAUAGUUGUGACACUCUGACUGACGUGAUUUGUGUAUAUCGAAUAAACGAGUACAAACUUUCAACAAA